AACGAGUCUUCUCUGUUUCUCCCCUUCCAUGUUUCUCUCUCACAACAUCAACCCUUCACCCCUAAGCUCUCUCUCUCUCUCCUCGGAAAUUUUCUUCUUCUCCGGUGCCAACUCGCCGUGGGAAGGAGUUCUUUCCGGGAAAGUCUCCGUUUUGUUUCUCUCCUAAACAAGCACUCAGAGACUCGUCUCUUCCUCCUCCUUUAAUAAAAUGGCGACGACGGUCAUGUCCCUUGCAGAGAAAGUGCUCGAACGAGUCUACGGGACUUCCAAAUCCGCCGUUACGGUAGCUGCUGGCGACGGCGAAAUGACGACUCCACGUCAUACCCAUCAUCACAUUCACCGUGUUAAAAGCUACGACGACAGCGACGAUGAUUUUUGUCACAGCGAUGAGGAUGAAUCAGCAAUGGAGCUUGUCCAGAUCGGUGCUGAGAGGACCAAGAACGUCUUGAUCCUCAUGAGCGACACUGGAGGUGGUCACCGUGCCUCCGCUGAAGCCAUUCGUGACGCUUUCAAGAUCGAAUUCGGAGAUAAAUACAGGGUAAUUGUCAAGGACGUGUGGAAGGAAUACACAGGGUGGCCAUUGAAUGAUAUGGAGAGAUCGUACAAGUUCAUGGUGAAGCAUGUUCAGCUUUGGAAAGUUGCAUUUCACAGCACAUCUCCUAAAUGGAUCCACUCUUGUUAUCUAGCGGCCAUUGCUGCCUAUUACGCUAAGGAAGUCGAGGCUGGUUUGAUGGAGUAUAAACCGGAGAUUAUCAUUAGUGUUCAUCCUCUGAUGCAACAUAUUCCUUUAUGGGUUCUUAAAUGGCAAGAGCUACAGAAAAGAGUUCUCUUUGUCACCGUUAUUACUGAUCUCAACACUUGUCACCCUACUUGGUUUCAUCCAGGGGUGAAUAGGUGCUAUUGUCCAUCUCAAGAAGUGGCCAAAAGGGCGUUGACUGAUGGGCUCGAUGAGUCUCAAGUCCGUGUAUUUGGUUUACCUGUGAGGCCAUCUUUUGCACGAGCUGUUCUGGUGAAGGAUGAUCUAAGAAAGGAGCUUGAGAUGGAUCAAGAUCUUCGUGCUGUUCUACUGAUGGGAGGAGGAGAAGGUAUGGGUCCUGUGAAAGAAACAGCCAAAGCUCUUGAGGAAGCGUUGUAUGAUACAGAGAACAAGAAGCCCAUUGGGCAAAUGGUUGUUAUAUGUGGACGUAACAAGAAAUUGGCAUCUGCAUUGGAAGCCACUGAAUGGAAGAUUCCUGUUAAGGUUCGAGGAUUCGAGACUCAAAUGGAGAAAUGGAUGGGAGCUUGUGACUGUAUCAUCACAAAAGCUGGACCGGGAACAAUUGCUGAGUCGCUGAUUCGAUCACUACCAAUCAUCCUCAACGAUUACAUUCCCGGACAGGAAAAAGGGAAUGUGCCAUAUGUAGUGGAGAAUGGUGCAGGAGUGUUCACAAGAAGUCCCAAAGAGACAGCUAGAAUCGUUGGGGAAUGGUUUAGCACAAAGACAGAUGAGCUGGAAAAUACUUCAGGCAACGCACGUAAGCUAGCUCAGCCAGAGGCGGUCUUCGACAUUGUCAAAGACAUUGACGAGCUCUCGGAGCAACGAGGUCCUCUUGCUAAAGUAUCUUACACUCUUACCUCUUCCUUUGCCAGUUUAGUUUGAUGUCUCACAUGUCUCCCUUAUUAGCUCCUUCUUUGUUCUUUUUUUCUAUCCAUUUUUUUGUAUAAUUUAUUUGUUGAUUAAGUUGUAUGUAUUAUUUUAUAACAAAAGUAAGCAAAAAGGUUCAUGAUCUCUUUGCAACAUUGUUAGCUUAUUACCAAAAAAAUAUAAGAUUUAACGAGAGA